AGGUGAUUGGACUUCACCUGGCCCGGAGCCCGGGGUGAUCACACAAGGAAACAGUUCAUGUGAAGCUGGCGCUCAGAUGAACCGCACCGUGACUGUGCGUAACUGACUGCUCUGAUUUUCUCACAAUGAUCAGCUCUGACUGAGUUCUACCAUGGAGCUCCAGAAAAGGUUAUCCGCAUGUUGGGAUCGCUUUCUGUCGUGUUUUAGAAAACCUGAACAGUCCGAGACGGAUGGAUCCAAAAAGAAUACUGGCACUACUUUUUUCACUAAUCCGCCCAAGGACCCGGACUCAAAGCCCAACCCGACCGUCCCGCAAACCUGGGCCCCGGUGUCUUCACGAAACCAGUACGUAGCCCUUUACGACUACUCGGCCCGGACGGCAGACGACCUGAGUUUCAACACCGGGGAUAAACUCGAAGCAAUCAACAAAGACGCAGGGGAAUGGUGGUUUGCCAAAGCUCUCACCGGGAUCUCGACCAAUAGAACGGGCUACAUUCCUGCCAAUUAUGUGGCCCCUGUGGAGAGCAUCGACGCAGAACCCUGGUACUUUCUGGACACCAAAAGACUGGAUGCAGAGAAGAUGCUUCUAGCUGAAGGCAACAGUCAAGGAGCCUUCCUCAUCCGCAAUUGUGAGAGUCAGAAAGGAGAGCUGUCCCUCUCAGUGCUGGACCAUGGACGUGUGAAGCACUACAAACUCAGAAAACUAGAGAAUGGUCACUAUUUUGUGUCCCGGACCAAAUCCUUUGAAACUUUGAAGGAGCUAGUGGAGUGGUACACUGUGCAGGCUGACGGCCUGUGUGUUCGUCUGGGAGAGCCGUGCAAAAAGUUAGAGGCUCCUACGACAUAUGGUUUGUCAUACAACACAGUGGACACAUGGGAGAUCCCGCGCAGCUCCAUAAAGCUGGGGAGGAAGCUGGGAGCAGGACAGUUUGGAGAGGUGUACGAGGGCCUUUGGAAUGACACGACCGCUGUGGCUGUCAAGACCCUUAAACCUGGCUCCAUGGACCCCGGUGACUUCCUGAGAGAGGCUCAGUUCAUGAAGAGGCUGCGACAUGCCAAACUGAUUCAGCUGUAUGCCGUGUGCACCAUGGAGGAACCCAUCUUCAUCAUCACAGAGCUCAUGAGGCACGGGAGUUUGCUGGAGUAUCUGCAGAUGGACAAGGGCAAUGAUCUAGGCCUGUCAGACCAGAUCGAGAUGGCGGCUCAGGUGGCGUCAGGGAUGGCCUAUCUAGAGCAGCAGAACUACAUUCACAGAGACCUGGCAGCCCGCAACGUGCUUGUAGGAGAGAACAACAUCUGCAAGGUGGCAGACUUUGGCCUCGCCAGGGUCUUCAUGAAAGAAAAUGAAAAUGUGUAUGAAGCAAAGGAAGGGGGAAAGUUCCCAGUGAAGUGGACUGCUCCUGAAGCCAUUCACAACGGUAUAUUCAGCAUCAAAUCAGAUGUCUGGUCCUUUGGCAUUCUGCUCUAUGAGAUCAUGACAUUUGGCCAAACGCCUUAUCCAGCCAUGACCAACUACCAGGUUGUGCAGAGGAUCGUGGAGGGCUACAGGAUGCCACCCCCAGCAAACUGCCCCAAACACAUGUAUGGGAUCAUGUCAGACUGCUGGAAGAAGGAGCCUCAGGACAGACCCACCUUUGAGACCCUUCAGUGGAAGCUCGAGGACUUUGAACUGGAUACCACCUCAUAUGAUGAUGCAAACCGCUAUCACUCCUAAACAUUUGGUAUUAGUUUACAUAACAAAAAUCAGCAACACAAUCUCAAAGAUGGAUAUGACUGGAUGUUUAAUCGUUGUCCACAAAUGAAGGACACUGUCAUUUUGACGCCAAUACUGUGAUACUAUUACUAAGAUGAAGACUGUUUUCGCACUACAUGGCACUUCAGAGCCACAAGGCAAUAAUUAACCCACAACAAAAUCUCAGCAAUGAUGGUGGAUAGUCUGUUUGUGGACUCGGCAAGUACUGAUCCAUUGUAUAUUUUCACUUGUAAAUGCACUCACAGGAGGCCUAGCAAAGACUGCACUUGUGACCUCCUCCUUACAGGAAGACACUGCUUGGAGCUGAGAUGUGAACUACCAUCUGGAUGAACCGGUUCUUCACCUAGCAUACUGCUCAUAUUUUCCACUCCUGACAUAACAUUCCACUCUGGUCAUGUGUUUAUCGGUGCGUAAUAGGAUGGUAUUAAACAUUUUACUAAAUGAAGGAAAUUAUGGAUUCUAUUUAAAAUAUAUAAAAAUUUAAACUACCUGCUUCAGGAGAUUUUCAACUGACCAUGUUUUACUACUUUGUGAAAACAGUUAAAAUCCUAAAAAUAUGAAGUUUUUAUGAGAAAUUACAAUGUUUUUCUUUGACAAAUAAUUGUACAUUUUAACCAUGUCAGUGUUUUUAUAUAAUUAUUAUACAAUUGUACAUUUUAACACUUAACUAAUUAAACUGAUUUUGUGGUCAA